AUGCUACCGAAUCGACCGGGAAGCAAGUCCAGGAAGCGCAAUCGUCGGCCAAGCCGUCCUCCCGCCCUUCUGGCUGCGGGCGUUCAGCCCUGGAAGUCGAACCUGCGAACCGGAAACCCUCCUCCUCCUCCUCCUCCAAGGCUAGAGUAUGCCUUAUCAGUCUGCAGCAGCCCUUGGCCAUGCCUUGGCGAUCAAUCAAACGGCCCAAGCCUCGGGGGGCGGGACCUGGGCUGGCAGCGUCAUUCCUUCUUCGUCAACGGCCUCCCGCAGGCGUAG